CUCUAUGGCAGCAGCAGUAACGUUCGCAAGGCGCCCGGGUAGCUGAGCCCUAGCGGCUCCAGCCCCCGAGCGCUGAGGGGCCGCCGGAGGUUGGGAGGAUGCCCCUGGCCGCCUACUUCUUCCUGCGGGCCGUGGGCAAGGGCAGCUACGGGGAAGUGAGCCUGGUGCGGCACCGGCAGGACAACAGACAGUAUGUCAUCAAAAAGCUGAACCUUAAACAUGCAUCCAGUCGAGAGAGGAAAGCAGCAGAACAAGAAGCCCAGUUGCUGUCUCAGCUGAAACAUCCCAACAUAGUCACCUAUAGGGAGUCCUGGGAGGGGGAAGAUGGCCUGUUAUAUAUUGUCAUGGGCUUCUGUGAAGGAGGGGACCUGUAUCAUAAACUUAAAGAGCAGAAAGGCAAACCUUUGCCAGAGAAUCAGGUGGUGGAAUGGUUUGUCCAGAUUGCCAUGGCAUUGCAGUAUUUACAUGAAAAACACAUUCUACACAGAGAUCUCAAAACUCAAAAUGUUUUCCUGACCAGGACAAAUAUAAUCAAAGUGGGAGAUCUGGGAAUAGCCAGAGUGUUAGAAAAUCAGUAUGAUAUGGCCAGUACUCUCAUCGGCACACCUUAUUAUAUGAGUCCUGAACUGUUCUCCAACAAACCUUACAACUACAAGUCUGAUGUUUGGGCUCUGGGCUGUUGUGUUUAUGAAAUGGCCACGCUGAAACAUGCCUUCAACGCUAAAGACAUGAACUCUUUAGUUUAUCGAAUUAUUGAAGGAAAGCUGCCACCAAUGCCAAAGGAUUACAGUCCACAACUGGCGGAACUAAUAAGAACUAUGCUUAGCAAAAAGCCAGAAGAAAGACCCAAUGUGAAAAGCAUACUAAGGCAACCAUAUAUCAAGCGCCAAAUCUCUCUGUUUUUGGAAGCCACAAAGGCAAAAACAGCCAAAAAUGAUAAGAAAAUAUCUGAUUCUAAGCCCAGAAGUGCUGCUUCUGUGAUCUCAGUGAAGACUGGAUCUAAUAAUGGAAACAUCACACACAAAAACCAUCCCUCUGAGCAAGCCAGGAGAUACAGAGCCAAUGAAGAAAAACAUUUAAUCAAAGAUAAAACUUUUGAAAUUUAUCCCUCAGAGAAACCAGCAGCUGAGCCUGAAAAAAAUGCAAACAAGAACCAAAAGAACAGCACAGGAGUUUCCAUAGCAACAGUUAGCAAAGUGGAUAUUGAUAUUUUGCUGUCUGAAAGGAGGAACUCUAAAAGUGAUCACUUACUACAGGAUAACAAAGCAAGGUGCUUAAGCAUUCCUUGUGAAGUAGAAUCUAAAAUAACAUCUAAUGGCCCACAGACUAAGGAAGACCGACUACAGCAAAACUCAGAGCCAGGUUCUAGAAAUGAAAUUGUGGAUUCUAAGCACUUUGCUGUUGAUGUCGCAAAUGAAGGAGAUGACACUUUUAAACUCCUGCAGCCUGUCUCAAAGGACCAAAAGGAAAAUGAUGACCAGAGCUUGGACUCCACUGAGAAGCUUCUAGCAUCAUUUGUUCCUGUCAUAAUUCAAGAUGAAGCCUCUCAUGGAAAUCCAGAUGUUCAGGAAAAAGUCAUUUUUCACUUACAGCCUCAUAGCUCUUUCUGUGAACCUUCUCUCUCACGGCAGCGAUGGCAGAAGAAGAGGGAGCUAGAUGAAGUCUGCUCAGAGAAGCUCAGAGCAGUUGCUCCGCGGCCCUUACCUUCUCUUCCUGAUGUGAAUGUGAAGACAACUUAUAGCCCUGCAGAUCAGUGUGGCACUGAAGUUACAGAGUCUGUAAAUAGCUCUAAAAAUAGUGAGAGAGCAAUUCCUAAGGAUCGACCGUUGUCGGCAAGAGAGAGGAGGAGGCUAAAACAAUCCCAAGAAAAGAUGUUUCCUUCUGUGCCUGCGGCAAGACGAGCAUCACAUAGUGCGGUAGUUGAAGCAAAAUCACUUGUGGAAAAUCUUAUUAAAGUUACUCAGUCCUCGUCAGAUCCCAAUAUUUCUCAGAAAAAAAAAUUAAUCCAUUGUCUGUCUGAUGAUGAGCUAAGCUCUUCCACAAGCUCCACAGAUAAGUCAGAUGGAGAUUCCAAGGAAGGAAAAAGCAGUACGAAUGAAAUGAGUGAUUUGGUACAGCUAAUGACUCAGACACUGAAAAUGGAUUCUAAAGAGAACUGUGAACACUCUUCAAUCCUAAUCCCCGCAUCAGAGUUCAAGCUUCAUAGGAAAUACAGAGACACUCUGAUCCUACAUGGCAAAGUAUCUAAUGAACCAGAGAAAUUCAAAUUUGAAGAAUUUCCUUCAGAUGUUUUAUCUGGUCCUGAAAAGAUUAGAAGAAUGGUUGAAAUUUUGAGGUCUGAUGUGGUGCAAGGGCUGGGAGUGAAACUUCUAGAGAAAGUAUAUGACAUCAUGGAGGAAGAUGAUGAACUGAAGAGAGAGUUGCACUUACGGGAGCACAUGAGAGAAAAGUACACAGAUUACAGUGUGAAGGCUCGCCAUCUGAAGUUUCUUGAAGAAAAUGUUAAGUUUUGACCAGGUGACUUAACUGGACCUUUCUUCCCUUACAGCUCUUAGAGCAGGGGUUGGCAACCUACGGCAUAGGUGCCAAAGGUGGCACGUAUGCUGAUUUUUUUGACGGCAUGUGGGGCGGGCUGACCUCCUCAGCCCGACACUGCUCUGGGG